UGCUGUCUUUAUUUGACACACAAAAUCAGGAAAAAGAGAUAAAUGGGGGAAUGAUCUGUCAAUCUUUCUUUUGUUGAACCCUGAAAUGUAUGCAGUGGAGUGCACCUGAGUACCCCCAAAAGAGAAGGAGGGGCCGAAGGCAGAGCAGAAGCAGCUGGGAUUCCAGGGAGGCUUCCUCAGAAGACACCAUGUUGCUGCCUCUUGUUGCUGCUUCUUCAAUUCCCAGCAAAGCACAAACUUAUAAGAAAAUACCUUUUAAGAGGGUAAACUAUGAUCAGUUGGAUGCAUUAUGUAGCAUCAAUGGACUACGAAACAGGAACAACCCACACACCACUGAAGAAGCUCAUCAAAAGUUUAUGAAACUUUAUCCCAAAAUAUUCUAUGGAGAAAAGACUGUAUUGCCAGGAAUUCCUGCACCACACUCAAAGAGCCCCAUUCUAAGAUCUGCCAAAGAACAUAACACAGUGUACGAGAUGAUGAAGCUCAUUCCUGACAUCAGAGUUCAGCUUUCUGAUGAAGAGCUGAAGGAACUCAGCAUUUGUACCAUCAUGGAACACUGGGUAAAAGGAAGCACAGUUGUUGGAAAUCAAGGUUUCUAUGCCAUAUUAAAAGGCUCUGCUAGACCUCAAGCAAAGUUUUACAAAAGAAUGCUUGGAGAAGACUUUCAUUCAUUAUGUGAAGCAUUAUCAGCUACUAGUCAAGCUACUAUGAUUGGUAUUUCAGGACGAACAUUGCUCAUCAGAGGAAGUUGUUUUGGGACUCUGGAAAAAGCCCCACUGAAACUCUCACACCUCCUGUUAUCUAUCGUUACAGAAGAAAACUGUGAAAUUCUUAAAAUUUCUUCCACAGAUUAUUUGAGAAUAAAAAAGGAAAUAGCUAAGCGUGAACACGUUGCCAAGGAAGAAUUAAUUCAUGGCUGUCCAUACUAUCGUGCCUGGCCUAUGCUAUAUGUAUUUCAGUUAAUGUCUUAUUUGAAAUGGAGGCAAUUUCCUGCAGGCUAUGUGCUUGUAAAAGGAGGAGAAAUCUGUACAUUUGUAGGCUUUAUUAAAUCUGGAUACUGUAAUGCUUACAGAGAAACUGAAGCACUUGUGAAACUACCAUUGGGGAAAAUGGUGAAACGAACCAGACAGGUUCUUGUGGGUCAGCUUCAGGAGAAACAGUCCUUUGGAGAAGUGAGCAUUCUUCUUCAGGUCCCUUUCACAUGCAGAGUCAUCACAGCGACAGAUGUUAAAUUGGGCAUCAUUGAAGCCAGUGCUAUACUAGGUUUAGAUAAGAUGCUUCAAAUGCUUCUUCUUCAAACAGCCGAGCCAAUAUUUGGUAAUAUCACACAAGAUGAGAUCAACUUUGAAUAUAUAAAAAAAGAGAAACAAAAAGAAUGGCAGUGUGUCAAGAACAAGAUGGUGAAGGAAAUAUUAUUUCAAAAUGGAAUAAUCCCUGGUUUUGGGAAAUGGACACAUGAGUGGAGGCAUCUGGUGAAGGGAGGGGGGGAGAAAUUGACAGAACAAACAUCAUUGACUUGCUCUGAAAGUGACAGCAGUGUAUGAGAGACUGGGGACUUCAGUGAAAGCCAACACUGAUUCUGUCUCUGUGAGCUCUUCCAGUGGCCUUCCUAGAUUAAAUCCUUUGCCCACCCAGUUUGUUUCUGUAGACCAGCAUGCAGCUGUUAAUUACUUUGUCUUGGCAAGCUUUCCUUCUCCUUUCCCUCCUGUUUCCUGCACUAUGACCCAUUUAAUCUUUUUGUGAUGGAAGAAAUAAAAACAAGCAAGCAUUUAUUUUUUCUUAACAUUGAGUUACCAUCCUCAGGACAGUUUUAACACAUUAUUAAAAACUCCAGGAAUAAGAGGAU